GUCGUUUCCAACCAACCACUCAACAUCAAUUAUUCUCUACGCUUAGCCAACCGAUCUUAUCCUAACUUCCUAACUCAGCACUCUGUCUUCUUUCACAACAGUACAAUAUACAUUGACCAGUUUAACCACAGGUUCAACCAGCUGCUUAGUAGCGUGUAGUAUAUUUACCACUAACUUGAACACCCCAAGUUUUAACAGUACAUUUAAUAUCAGCAUGACCGCACUCAAACCCAUGGCCAAGUCCAGCAGCGAUUGGACGAGAAAUGAACUUGCGGCCUACAACAUCAAGGUCGACUACCAGGAUGCUGCCACCUUCUUCGAGAUAGACCGUGACAACCUUCCCCAGCCCGACAUUAAUCCGGAUAUCCUCACAACUUCAGAUCCGAACGACGUAGCUGACGAUGACGUAUCCGAGCUCCUCCGUACCAUGGAAUUCGCCAUGUCCCCUGCUCCAGCAGAAGAGUCUGCUGUCGACGACUUUACUGUGUUACUAUUACGUGCACUUGGCUACACAAAGAAAAGAAGGGUUCCAAGGACAAGGAAGGUAAAUCCUUUCGUCGUUUGUUCAGAAGAUAGGCACGCCGAAACGGAUGUAUGCAUCAUCGACGAGAACGGAAUCUUGCUCCUUGUAAUGCAGGAGGACAAGUGUCACAUAGACAGUUCAUACGAUCCCGAACCUCAGCUCAUUGCAGAAGCCAUCGCUGCUUUCGCUGCGAAUAAUCAGACUCGCCAACAAAUACUCUGUCAGCGCCCCCUUGAUUCUAAGAUUGAGGUUACAGCCGCACUUGUAACUGCUGUUGCGGGAGGCGUUUACCCAGAGGCAUCGACCACCGUCUAUGCGCACAUUCCAAAUGUGCCGAGACCUGACCGCCGUUGGCGUGAAGGCAUGGAGCCGUUUGACAGUAGAGCUGUUAUUAUUUCCUGCUAUGAGGCUUUCAAGAAAUUCGUGAAUUAG